UUUCCUGCAUGGUCAUAGUUAUCUCUUGGUGUAUAAAUAAUCAUCUUGGGCUACUUAACUAAACCAUAUUUACUAGUUACUACUCACUAACCAUUCCUCAGAAAAUGGACUCACUUGUGUUCACUAAGCUUUUCAUUUUACUUGCACUGAGUGCUAGUGUUGUGGCGACAGGAAAGGGUUCGAAACCUUGUGUCUUUCCUGCAAUAUACAACUUCGGUGACUCCAAUUCGGAUACUGGUGGCAUUUCUGCAGCAUUUAUGCCAGUUCCAGCUCCUAAUGGCCAGGAUUUCUUCCACAAACCUGCUGGUCGCGUUGGUGAUGGACGUCUCAUUGUGGACUUCAUCGCUGAACACUUGGGACUACCAUACUUGAGUGCAUACCUGGAUUCACUGGACUCAAAUUUUCGCCAUGGGGCAAAUUUUGCGACAGGAGGAUCAACUAUAAGGAGGCAGAAUGAAACCAUGUUUCAGAACGGCAUAAGUCCAUUCUCCCUAGAUAUCCAGACUCUGCACUUUGACCAAUUUCAACUGCGAAGCAAUGACCUGUACAGCCAAGCUAGAACAGAAUCCAGGAGAAGUAGGUUACCGAGGCCUAUUGACUUCUCGACGGCUCUCUACACAUUUGAUAUAGGCCAAGAUGAUAUAACUCAUGGUUUAAGAAAGCUUGGUGCUCCACAGCUACGAACAGCGUUACCAGAUAUAGUAAAUCAGCUUGCAACAGCAGUUACACAUCUGUAUCACCGAGGAGCAAGAACAUUCUGGAUACAUAACACAGGUCCAAUUGGUUGCUUACCUGUGAACAGUUUCUCUAUUCGAAGUCCAAAGCCUGGCUUUGUCGAUCAGUUUGGCUGUGUUAGGGGUCAUAAUGAAUUGGCUAUAGAAUUCAAUAGGCAACUCAAGGAUAGAGUUACUAAGUUAAGGGCUGAACUUCCUCUUGCUGCUAUAACUUACGUCGAUGUUUAUGCUGCCAAGUACAACUUAAUAAGCAGCACAAAGGAUCAAGGAUUUAUGAAUCCGUUAAAGAUUUGCUGUGGGCGCCAUGAAGGGAAUGUUCACGUGUGGUGUGGACAGAGGACGAUUAUCAAUGGGACUGAAGUUUAUGGGGGUGCUUGUGCAGCGCCUUCAGCGCAUGUUAGCUGGGAUGGAAUGCACUACACUCAGGCUGCAAAUCAUUGGAUUGCUAAUCAAAUACUCAGUGGCUCCAUGUCUGAUCCACCAAUUCCCAUUUCUCAAGCAUGUCACAGACAUGCCCCUAUGUAAUCUUCAACAAAUGUGUACUGUUGUUUGUACCAAGACCCCCAAACUUCCCAACCAUAUCAUAUGUAUGAACAAAUGUGAUCCUGCUAGUAAUGUUGAUAUAGCUCCGAGUGUGUAACUGCAGUACACGCUACUAUCAUAUAUGAUGUGGUCGUUUGGCUAA